AUGUCCAAACCUCACAACAACUCUCAAGUACACUCCGUGCUCUUUGUUUGUUUGGGAAAUAUAUGUCGAUCACCAAUGGCAGAAAUUAUCAUGAAAUGUCUUGUUAAAGAGAAAAAUCUUCAUCAUUUGUGGUACAUUGAUAGUGCAGGAACAGCAUCCUAUCAUUCUGGAGAUGCUCCCGAUGAAAGAACUUUACAAACAUGUCAAAAACAUUAUCCAUGGUUUGAUGCAUCGGAAUUACAAGCUCGACAAAUACAAACAAGUGAUUUUGAACGAUUUGAUUAUAUUCUAGUGAUGGAUGAAAGUAAUUUGAGAAAUGUGGAGAAUUUAAAAAACAAGAAAAAACAUCAAACAGAUAAAGCAAUUGUGAAAUUAUUGGGAUAUUAUGAUCCUGUCAAACAGAAUUCCAUUGUUGAAGAUCCCUAUUAUGGUGGAAUGGAUGGAUUUCAAAAUAAUUUUCAACAAAUUAAACGAUCCUUGGAGAAUUUCAUUCAUUUGGUACAUGAACAGAAGGAAACAACAAAUUAA